AUGGAUGAAGAUGUACAGAAGGCGCAACAGAAUGACCUGGAGGAAGAAGAGCUAGUUGCAGAGGCUCAAACGGUGCCUGGAGCGUUCAAUUUUGUUCAGAGUUUGAGACCGAUGUUUAUUGAACUCCAGGAAUUGGUUUCUCGUGUCACAAGAGGUUUGGAUUUCGGUCAAGAAGUUUUCGCAGAUCCAGUGAUCGCCCAUACACGUGUUUUGUGGCUGGAGACAGCACGCUGGGUCAACUUUGAGCAAAACUAUAAUGAAGUGGAACAAAGGUUUACUGAAGCUCACGUCUCCCCAAUGAAGUUCACUCGGAUAGCUCAACUUUGCGAGCAAAUGCGGAAGCAUUGCACUAUUCUGCAAACUGAAUCAACGAUCCUCGGCCCCGCUUUGGAGGAAGUAGCUAAAUUAGCUUUGGAUAGAGGUUCCAUUCAGAACCAAACGCAAUACGACGUGUUACGUGCCAUACUUUUUGCCCAGCGUUGGCACCCUGAAGUCAAGGGCCAUAUAUCCGAUGAGGCUGAAUUUGAGUGCUACUGGCGAGGUGAGUUGAGGAAACUUAUAAAUGUAUCACUUAAUACUAGAGGAAACGUAGUGCAUUUAAUCACAGUUUUAUCCAGUGAACUAACCUCAUGUUUUUACGAAAAAACUACUUAA